CGUAAUACAUGGGAAAGAUUGUUAAUGGCUGUCGCCAGGAAAUUGCGAAAUGUAUACAUAUUCCAAAGAGCUGAAAAUAGUACGGUUAAAUUGGUUUCACUGAUAGAUUUUUUCCUCUUUUAUUUAGGUGCCAGUGGGGUUACCAGAGGUGUCCUUUAAAAUACAGAGAAACGAAGUCUUACUUCGUGGAAAUGGGAGCCAAUGGAUACAUCCUCAACCAACCAGCUUUGUAAUCCAGUUAUCUUGCUUUGGGGUGAUAUUCUUGCUGUUCUGGGGUUCCUCAUCCAAGGAGGAAAGUGGUAGAACAUCUGUAGAAGACCAAGUGGUCUGCAUCAGAGUUUUUCUCCAUAUCAAGGCAGUAUCAUAGUAUAUUUUUCAUAUGAAGCCCAAGCCCAAACGGCGCAAGAUGUCCAAAAUUCGACGGAAAGUUACUGUUGAAAAUGCAAAGACUAUAUCUGAUAGCACAUCCCGAAGACCUAGCGUCUUUGAAAGGCUGGGACCAAGUACAGGAAGCAGUUCAGAGACACAUUGCCGCAACUGGAUGAAUACUGGCAACUGUGUUUAUGGUAACACUUGCAGGUUUACACAUGGCCCAUCACCCAGGGGCAAAAACUACAGUGGCAACUACAGAAGAUCUCCAGAAAGACCUACAGGAGAUCUUCGAGAAAGAAUGAAGAACAAACGUCAAGAUGUUGAAGCAGAUCCCCCUAAACGGAGUCAAGAUGAAACCACAUCUCCUGUCAGGUACAAGAAAGUGUACAUUCCACCUAGAGUAUAUACUAGAUACUUAAAGUCUGUAAUGCACUGCUUUUGUUGCUCAUGGUUUGUCAUUGUCUUAUUCAUUUGUAGUAUUCACUUCUACAAAUUUUCUAAAAUAUGUCUACCCAUUUGUAUUAAGAUUUCUCCAGAGCCUGUAAGGUCUAAGUUGUCACCUUCCCCACCUCCCAAAAAAUCAAAUCGAUCACCAAAGCGAAAAUCCAGUCCAAAGUUGUCUUCCUCAAGCAGAAGAGAAAAGAAGUCAUCUGGAGUGUCUUCACCACUUCUGGACCAUCAAAGAUCCUCAAGAAGUGUGCAGGGUAAGAAGAAAGGACCUCGUACCCCAAGUCCUCCUCCACCUGUUCAAGAAGAUGCUCCUGUUAAGAAGCACAAAGAUAAACACAAGACAAAAGAAAGAACAGAAGAUAAAGUAAGAGAAUCAAAAGAAAGAGGAAGAGAAAGUGAAAAGCACAGAGAGAAAAAAGACAAAGAAAAGCUAAGGGAUCACUCGAGUUCUCGUAGGCAGAAAAGAUCGGAAAGCCCUGCCGAUCAUUCUGACAGCAGUUCUUCACCAUCUCGGGAAUACUCUCCACCUUCAGCACGGCGAAGACUUGUGUCUCCUUCUACUAAGUCUGGUAAUCAGAAAAGGGCCUUUUCUCCUCACAGGUCACCCUCUCCUGUGAAACGACGUUCACCAGCUUCAUCAAGGCACCGUUCCCAUUCAUCUCAUUCUGGCUCUUCUUUACAAAGACACUCACCUUCACCAACUCGGAAAAGGUCUUUAUCACCUUCAUACCAAAGAGAAGCAUCUCCACCUUCCAGACGUUCCCCCUCCCCUUAUGCUGCACAUGCAUCUGCUUCUCCACAUACAAAGCAAAGUCCACCCAGAACUCGGUCCCCAGUAAGAGAUAAAGGAAGGCAUGAUCGUGAAAAGUCUCCAGCAUUGCCUGAUCGACGCCCUGACAGAAGAGAUGAUGGAAGAGGCAAAAGGGAGAAGGAAAGAGAAGGAAAAGAAGAGAGAGAUUAUGAUGCAUCACAAAGAGCUUCCAGGGAACGUAAAGAUGACAGAGAAUCCAGAGAUAGCCGUGACCGAAUUAAGCCAAAGGACACAAAAGAUCGUCGAGAUGUCAGAGAAACCAAAGAUGUUCCAGAAGUCAAAGAAACACGAGAAUACAGGGACAGUAAAGAUGCACGUGACCAGAGAGAAGGCAGGUCUGCAAGAGAAGUACAUGACUUUAGAGACCGGGAUAGCAGAGAUUCCCACAGAAAAGAGGAACAGCAUCAGGAGGAACGAGGCUAUAGGAGUCGGGGAAGAGAUGAGCAUACUCGUUCUGAUGCCAGGAAUGAUGCUAGAGAUGACUCUAGGAAUGAAGUUAAAAGUGACUCGAGGAAUGAUGUUAGAUCUGAUGUUAGAUCUGAUGUUAGAUCUGAUGUUAGAUCUGAUGUUAGAUCUGAUGUUAGAGCUGAUGUUAGAGCUGAUGUUAGAGCUGAUGUUAGAGCUGAUGUUAGAGCUGAUGUUAGAGUUGAUUCUAGAGGUGAAUCUUGGAGCGAUGCUAGGAAUGAUUCUAGAAAUGAUACUAGGAGUGAUUCCAAGAGUGAUGCUAGAGCUGAUUCCAGACAUAGUGCUAAAACAGAUUCCAGAAAUGAUAUCAGAGUUGAGUCACGUGGUGAUGUUAGAGUGGACUCUAGGAAUGAUGCCAGAGGUGACUCCAGAAGUGAUGCCAGAGGUGACUCUAGAAGUGACACUAGAGGGGAUGCUCGGAGUGAUACCAGAGCUGACUCCAGGAGUGAUGCUAAAGUUGAUUCCAGGACUGAUGCUAGGGGAGACUCCAGGACUGAUGCUAGAGGUGAUACUAGAAGUAUUACCAGGGGUGAUUCUAGAAGUGAUAUCAGAAGUGACACAAGAAAUGCCAGAAAUGACUCUAGAAGUGACACCAGAGGAGAUGCUCGAAAUGAUGCUAGAGGAGAGUCAAGAAUUGAUUCUAGAGGGGAUUCCAGGCUUGAUUCUAGAGUGGAUUCCAGAAUUGAUCCUAGAAAUGACCUAAGAAUUGAAUCUAGGAAUGAUUCAAGAAUUGAGUCUAGAAAUGACCCUAGAACAGAACCAAGAAAUGAACCCAGGGCUGAUGCCAGAAAUGACUCAAGAGUUGAUUCUAGAAAUGACUCCAGAAAUGAACCAAGAAUUGAUUCUAGAACUGAUUCCAGGAAUGAACCAAGAGUUGACUCUAGAAAUGAUUCCAGGAGUGAGCCAAGAAUUGACUCCAGAAAUGAACCAAGAAUUGACUCUAGGAAUGAAAGGGCAGGCAGAGGUCGAGGUAGAGGGCCAGAGACCCCAGAAAAAGGAUGCAGAGUCCGUGGUUCUCAAUUUGACAACCACAGUAACACUACCACAUACCAUGAGGGUUGGGACUCAAGAAGUGGAUAUACGGAGAGAGAUCGGUAUGAUAGUAGAGAGCAAGGAAGGGACUCUUCAUUUGAUCGUCGUCUUCACGGAGAUCGUGACCGGCGUGAUAAUACCAGGGAAAGAGAUCAGAGACCCAGCUCCCCAUCUAGGCACCAGGCAAGGACUGAUGACUUUGAGCGUGAUGAAAGAAGAGAAGAGAGAAGAGUGGAAAGAGGAGGAGAAGAACGACGAGAUGAAAGGACAAGAGAACGAGAGAGGGACAGAGAAAGAGAGCGGGAUCGAGAGAGAGAAAGAGAAAAGGAGCGGGAAAAAGAAAGAGAAUCAGAAAGAGAAAGAGCCAGAGAAAGGGAAAGAGAAAAAGAAAGGGAGAGGGAAAGAGAGAGAGAAAGAGAACGGGAAAGAGAAGAAAGGGAAAGAGAAAGGGAACGAGAAAGGAUCAGAGACCGAGAAAGAGAGAGAGACAGGGAAAGGCCGAGAGACUGGGAGGAAAAAGAAAAAACAAAGGAAGAUCGAAAAGAUAAAAAAGAUGACCAGAAAGAAGAAAAAAGCCAGAAAGAUGUACAAGAAGACCGAAAAACCAAGAAACGACACAGAAAUGAAAGUAGUCCAAGUCCUCGUCCUUCACCUAAACGCCGUCGUGAACAUGAUCGAUCUCCUGAUAGUGAAGGUUACAACAGCAGUAAUGAAAAAAGUGAAAAACAUCGACUCUUGAGUCAAGUCGUGCGGCCACAAGAAUCCCGUUCUCUAAGCCCACAACGUCUUGUUGAGGAGAAGGCAAGCAAAUGGAAAGAAGAAGAACGAAAACCUGAAAGGAAAGAGAAUGCUAGGCGACAUGAAGAGGUGGAAUUCAAAGAAAAGGUGACUUCCUUAGACAAACAGAAAGAACAGCUACCCUUAGCAGUUGACAUGCCAAAAGCAAAGGAACAAGAAACUGUAUUGCAUCACCAGUCAGAAGAAACUGAAACAUCUGAUAAAAUGCAUGAAGAUAAGAAAAAAUCCAAAUCUGAGAAGAAGUUACUUAAGAAAAGGAGAGAUGAUGACAGUGGGACUGAAAAGUAUAAUCCAGAAUCUGCAACAGAAGAUGCAGUCUCACCAAGGAAAGGUCAGAAGAAAAAGAACAAUGAGAAAAAACGUAAGCGUUCAAGGAGUGAUUCCGAUAUUUCUGAUGAAGAAGUGGUCCCACAAAGUAAGAAGAAGAAGGGGCCCAGGACUCCACCUGCAAUGGUAAAAGAGGAAGCAAUAAUUGCAACACCAGAAAAAACAGCUGAAAUUGUUACUAAACUUGGAGACUCUAAUUUCAGUGACUGGUCAGAUGAGGAUGUCCCUGUGCGGGUAGAAGUUACUGACCCAGAUAAAAUUGUUGAUGAUUCUCAGAAGAAAGGACACAAGGGUAAGGAGGAGAGAGAAGUUCCUGUUCCAGAACAGCAGAAGCCUCCAGAUCAGAAACGAAGUAGCAGUAUUUGUAGCAACAGGAGUCACACAUCCAGUCGUUUUAGAUCACCUUCCAAUGAGUCAGCACAUCGCAGUGGAGAUGACCAGAGCAGUAGAAGGCAGCAUAUGAACAGAAGUUCUAGAGAAAGAGACAGAGAAAGAGAAAGAGACAGAGAGAGAAACAGAAGUAGGGAGCCAGUCACUGAGCGCAAGUCACGAAUAGAUCAACUAAAACGGAGUGAGCCAAGUCGCAGUAUUUCUUCUGAUCGGCAAGAUUCAAGAAGCCACAGUUCAAGAAGGAGCUCCCCAGAGUCUGAUCGUCAACGGCAUUCUAGGGCUGGUUCAUUUGACAGUCGAGAAAAGCAUCAAGAACGGGAACGUCACGAACAUGAUUGGGAAAGAGAAAGGAGAGACGCAAGACAGAGAGAAUGGGACCGUGAUUCUGAGCGAGACUGGUCAAGAAGUAGAGAUCGAGACAGAGAGAGACUGAGGGAAAGGGAGAGGGAGAGAAAGAGAGAUGUUGACAGGGAACGUGAAAGGCAAACUACUGAAGGUCAUGACAGAGAAAGAGAGAGACCUCCUGAUAUGUCUACACAAAAUGAAACAAAAAGAAUUGAUAUCAAAGAAAAGGAGAAUGAGACUGAGGUCAUUUCUCAUGAACCUGAAGUACUGGAGAAGGAGCCAGCAGAGAAGGAAGUAGAAAGCUUGCAAAAACCUAGUGUACAUAUUCCAGAUAAACCUGAAAGCCCUGAAGGUAAAGUAGGCACAUUUUGUAUCUUUGCUUUUUCGUUAUAGUUGUUAUUGCGUUUU